AUGUCUCAAACUUUGUUAAGCAACUGGUCUCGCCCCGUCUUCCUGGGCUUGCUGGGACUAUUGCUGCUGUCACCCCUUUUGUUGCCCUAUACGGUCACCGCAAGCGAGCGCGUGUUGACCAUCGGCAACGCCGGCGAGCCGCAGACUCUGGAUCCACACCGCUACAACCUGCGGCUGGAAGAAACGCUAUUAAACGAUCUGUUUCUCGGGCUGACCACCUUCAACGCUGCCGGCGAAAUCGUACCAGGGGCAGCGCAGUCCUGGCAGACCAGCGAAGAUGGCCUGACCUGGACCUUCACCCUGCGGGACAACCUGAAGUGGUCUGAUGGUCAACCGUUAACCGCAGCAGACUUUGUUUACGCCUCACAGCGGCUGCAGGAUCCUGCAACGGCGGCAAGCCUUGCCUACUUCAUGUACAUGGUCAAGAACGCACCUGAGGUGAACCGGGGAGAGCUGCCGGUCAGCGCGCUGGGCGUUUCAGCACCAGAUGCGCGCACCUUUGUGAUCGAACUGAGCCAACCAUACCCCUAUCUGCUGGAACGCCUACUCUACCCCACGGCCUUCCCCGUGCCACAACAUGUUAUCGAAACCCAUGGUGAGGACUGGGUGAAACCCGCCAACUGGGUAAGCAACGGCGCGUAUAAGCUGGCGGAUUGGCAGCCGCAGGCUUUUGUGGAAAUGCAGGCAAAUCCACAUUUUUAUCAACCGGCGCCCAUCGAAAACGUCCGCUACCUGCCCGUGGUGAACGAACAGAGCGCGUAUAAUCGUUUUCGCAACGAGGAACUACACGUGAUUGGGUCGUUUCCUGUGGGCGAACUUGACCGCGUCAAAACCAGCUACCCCAACGAGCUACAUCUAUCCGACCUUCUCUCGAUGAUGUAUCUGGUAUUCAAUACCGAAAAAGUGCCUUUUAAUGACACCCGAGUCCGACAGGCACUUACGCUGGCAAUCGACCAGAAUAUUCUGACUGACAAGGUGCUGCGCUCUGGCAACAAGCCGGCCUACAGCUUUGUUCCGAACCUGAUCGCAGAUUAUCAAACCACACCCCUGCCGCAUAUCGGAGAAGCCAGAGAAGAACGGCUACAGAAAGCUAAAGCGUUGCUGAGCGCUGCCGGUUACAACACAUCCAACCCUUUGAAGUUAACACUCCGUCAUGUCAGCGGUGCAGAAGGGAAAAAGGUUAACCUGGCGAUUACCGGCAUGUGGCGCCAGAUUGGUGUUAUCGCGAAUCUACAGCAGGCUGAGCUACGCAACCAUUUUGCGGAUCUUCGUCAAGGUGACUUCGACGUCGCCUGGGCGGGUUGGGUGGGCGAAAACAACGCAGAGCACUACCUUACGCUGCUGCAAUCAGAUAUCGGCAACGUCAACUAUGGCCGUUUUGCUGACCCCAGGUUCGAUGACAUGAUCAAAGCCGCGCAACAACUUGCCGAUGCAGCAGAGCGUAAUGCACAGCUGGCAGCUGCAGAAGCUUAUGUCGUCGAAUCUUACGCGGUUGUACCGUUGUAUACGGUAAGUGUGCGACGGCUUGUUUCACAACAGAUAUCCGGCUGGGAAAACAACCUGCGCGACGUGCAUCAGAUCCGGUAUCUGCCAGCAAUGACCAGCUACAUCCUGAAACGCCUGUUAUUUGCUGGUGCAACACUGUUUGUCAUCAUCACCGUGGUGUUUUUCCUGUUGCGCCUGGCGCCGGGCGGUCCAUUUGACGGGGAGCGCCGUCUGCCACCAGAAAUCGAAGCCAAUCUCAAAGCGGCCUACAACCUGGAUGCGCCGCUUAUUUCUCAGUACGGCCGAUUUAUUUUCAAUCUGACGCAAGGGGAUCUGGGACCAUCAUUCACACAGAAAGAUUUCGAUGUGAACGAACUCAUCCGUGCGGGUUUACCUGUGAGUCUGAUGUUAGGCCUGGGCGCCCUCGCCUGCGCACUGCUGUUGGGGUUAUCCAUCGGUAUUGUUGCCGGGCUUAAACCCGGAGGUUUAUUAGAUACGUUGCUGAUGGCAGUGAGCAAUUUAAACAUUGCCGUACCGACCAUUGUUGCCGCACCGCUGAUGGUGCUGCUGUUCAGCGUCACGUUAUCCUGGUUCCCGGCCGGUGGUGCCGACACCUGGUGGCACUUUGUCUUACCCGCCCUGGCGCUGGGUCUUCCACUGAGCGCUGAGAUUGCGCGGAUCAUGCGCGGUGGCAUUGCCGAAACCAACCUUGAACCGUUUGUUAAAACAGCUAAAGCCAAAGGCCUGACAAAAACCAGAAUCGUGUUUAUGCACCUUCUGCCCGCCGCGUCGAUCCCCUUGUUAUCCUUCCUGGGGCCAGCUAUGGCGGGGCUGCUGACCGGCUCGGUAGUUGCAGAACAGAUUUUCGAUCUUCCCGGCAUCGGUCGUUACUACGUUCAAGGUGCCCUGAAUCGCGACUACACGCUGGUCAUGGGCGUCACCAUUGUCUAUUCCUUUGCCAUUCUGUCCUUCAACCUGCUGGUCGACGUGGCGUAUGGCCAACAGUUUUUCAAGUCUUCGCCGCUGGUCAUCAUUGCCGCAGCGCUAUUGCUGCUGAUGCUCGCUGGCGCUGUUCUGGGACCGGUGAUCAGUCCGUGGGACGGUGAAGCAAUGGAUUUUGAGGCCUUGGAAGCACCACCAUCCCUCAGCCAUUGGUUUGGUACCGACCAGGUUGGCAGAGACCUUUUUGUACGCACUAUGGAAGGGGCCCGCGUAUCUUUUCUGGUGGCCUUCAUCGCAGUAACUGUGAGUCUUGCAAUCGGUAUACCCUGGGGGGCAGCGGCCGGUCUUGCCGGUGGUCGAAUAGACCAGCUGAUGAUGCGCUUUGUAGAUGGGAUGUAUUGCCUGCCGGGCAUUCUGAUUGUCAUUCUGUUAGUUGUCUUGUUUGGUCGGAAUCCCUACCUGCUGUUUGCUGCUUUGGGCGCCAUCUCCUGGCUGACCAUCGCCCGCAUCGUACGCGGACAGACGCUACGUCUGCGCAAUGCGCCAUUUAUAGAAGCCGCCAGAGCAAUGGGACUAUCUACGCCCUACAUCCUGCGUAAACAUGUCAUACCAAACGUAAUUGGCCCUGUGAUUGUCUACACAACGCUGGCCAUACCGGCUGUCAUUCUGGCUGAAAGUUUUAUCAGCUUUCUGGGUCUGGGUAUCGCCGAACCACAAACCAGUUGGGGUGUGCUGGUCUCGGACGGCACCGCAGCCAUGGAAUCAGGCUUCUGGCGAUGGGUCGAUCUGUGUGACAACGGCGGCGUAGAUUCUAUCUGGCAGAGUGAUCGCAUUAUUGAUGCGGCACCCAACCUUGAAACCAUGAGCGUUAUGGCCGCACUGGCCGGCGGCAGCAAGAAACUCAAGUUCGGUAUGAACGUCGCAAGCCUGGGUCUGCGCAACCCGGUGCUGAUGGCCAAACAGUGCGCCACCAUCGAUGUUCUCAGCGACGGCAGACUGCUACCCGCCUUUGGCGUCGGCAGCGCCCUCUCCAAAGACUUCACUGCCACCGGCACACCCACCAGAGGUCGCGGCAAACGCACGGACGAAGGCCUGGAAAUCAUGUCGCGCCUGUGGCGUGAAGAUAACGUGGAUUUUGAGGGGCAGUACUAUCAGCUCAAAGGCGCCACGAUAUCUCCCAAACCCGUGCAACAGCCCAUUCCUUUAUGGACAGGCGGCUCAGCACAACAGGCGAUUGAACGCACCGCCAGGUGGGCCACGGGCUGGCAGGCCGGCAUAGAAACCGCUGCGGAAAUAGCACCUGUCAUCAGCGCGAUCAAAAGCCGCGCAAACGAACUUGAUCGGCAUAUUGAUGAUGACCAUUUCGGCGCGGGCUUCGGCUUCCGCUUUGGCAGAGCAGAUGAACCUAUUGUUGAACGUUAUCAGACGCUGUUAAGCAAACGCCUGGGUAAACCCGCCUCCGGGUACAGUGCGGUAGGCGAUGUCAGCGACAUGAUGGCGCUGGUGCACGACUUCCGCACGGCAGGCGCACCGAAGAUAUGA